GAUUCGAAUCGCGUACGCGCGUAGAAACUCGAAAGUAAACCUCGUUGCAAUUCGAAAAAGCUGAAGUUCGAUUUACGAUUAACGACAGAUUAGUGAUUCCGACGCGAUCAUGUCGAACAUGUUGCCUGCGAGGUACCACGCGUUCGAGUAUCGCAACGAGGACUUCAAACGACCGCUCGGCAGGAUGACCGACGUCGUCGACAAAUCGAGAGAAGCUAAUGACACGCUAAACGACAAGGAUAACAUCCCAACGAACCGAGGCAUCGUGACCGACUUCUUCGAGAGCACAUCUAUCCACGGUUUGCAGUAUUUCGGCAAAACGGACGUGAAAGUCGGAGUGUUCGGGAAGAUCCUGUGGGUCUGCACUAUGGUCUUGGGAUUCGCUUGCUUAACCAUGAUGGUAUCCCAAUUUCUGAGUCGUUACUACGAAAAUCCGACCACCACCUACAUAGAAUCGUUCCACACUCCGAUCUUCACCGCGCCGUUCCCGGCUGUCACUGUUUGCCCGUUCUCGCCGAUUCCCGAGGAGAGGCUGAUAAAGAUCAUGGACGGCAUCCUCAUACCUGAAAACAUGACCAAGAAAACUAUACUCACUCUACUGAAGUACGGCCAUUUCAUAACGCUCCCAUACGCCGUGCAGAAGUACGGGGAGAUCAAAGAUUUGAAGAAAUUGUUGGACGCUAAUCGAUGGAGCGUGUCCGAUUUUCUGAAGAUCCUGAAGCCUUGCGAGGACGUCAUCCUCUCUUGUUGGUGGGACAGCGAACGUAUCGAUUGCAGCAAAUCUUUCACGAUCUCGCACACGUCUUACGGGCUGUGCUGUUCUUUUAAUUAUCUCCUUGAAGAUUACGUAGGCCGCGAUAAGAAACAACCGGGACCAGUUCCCCUACAAUCUUUCAACUACGGUCGCAGGAGCGGCCUGAAACUGCUAGUCAACACCAACAACAAUGAUCACAAGUUGCUUUCCUUGAAUCAAUCGAUCUCGAGCAACGAAGGCGCAUGGGUGUUUAUCCACCAUAGCCUGGACUUUCCAGGACUGAACGUUAAUACGUACACCUUGCAGCAGAACCGCGAGUUGCAGAUCGGUAUAACUCCAGAGAUCAACAAGAAAUCAGUGGAUCUGUUCCAUCGCAACAAGAAGAACGAAUUCAUCCCGCUUUGCAUUUCGGAGAACACGAAUACCCUCGAGUACUUUCCAAUCUACAGAUACUUGAACUGCUACGCAGAGUGCAGGAUCAAGACGAUGAUCGAGAUCUGCGGAUGCGUGCCGUUUAUCUAUGAUCACCUGGUCAGCCACCAUGAUAAAUUACGUCCGUGCGAGAUAGACGGCCUGAUCUGUAUCCAGGACAACUCGAAGAAGAUCAGCAUCAUCAAGGACGUGGACAUGCCGAACAUGACGUGCUCCUGCCGAACGCCCUGCGAGGACGUCAUUUACGAAGGUUUCCCGAACUCGGUGCCAUUGAUUAAACCGGAACUUGCGAUCAGUUAUAAAAAUAUGACGGACAACGACAGCAUCUUAAGAGUCUUCAUGCAGACGCAAGUGUUCCCGACGACCGAAACCUUGGCAGCAGCUGACGAAGUCUAUCUUCUAGCCUCGAUAGGAGGGAUCUUCAGCCUGUUCCUCGGCUGCAGCUUCCUCAGCCUGGUGGAGAUCCUCUAUUUCAUCAGCCUGUUCUGUCGCGCCGCCUAUUCCCGCCGGAAGCUCGGACCCGCCAAGGACGAACAGGCGCGAGCGAGCCGCCGCGAGCACAGGAACGGCCAACGGAACGUUUAUUAA